AUCUUAUUAUUAAAUAAUAAAAUUAUUUCUCCUUCUCUCUAUCUCUGUCUCCCUAGACCUCAAUUCUAACAUGGAUUCCACAUAAACCAGACUCCCGAUUCCCAAUUCUGAUAAACCCUAGAUUCACAAUUCAAAUAUAACACAAACAAAAUUAUCCAUAAAUAUACGAAAAUAUGUUAAUUUUAUCUUAAAUAAAAUUAAAAGAAGAUAAAAAAACAGACUCUGAAUCUACAGCUUCAAGAUCGAAAGAAAAAACUUUCGUUUUAGUUUAAUUUCUGUGUAAUUUAAGUAAUGCAUAGAUCUGGAGCUGCUAUGGCUUGGAAUGUGUUUAAGUUUUGUACGGCCCUUCGUGGUCUCGGCUCGAUCAUGAUCUUGUUAGUUCUUGGGGUUAUUGGUGUCACCUACUACGCCGUCGUUUUGACCAAUUAUGGCCCCGCUUUGCAAGAUGGCGGCUUCGAUUCUGUCAAUGCUAUUGCUGUGUUGAUCCCAUUUCAUUGCUUGUUGGUGAUGCUGUUGUGGAGUUACUUUUCUGUUGUUCUUACUGAUCCCGGUAGCGUGCCUCCUAAUUGGAGACCUGCUAUUGACGAGGAAAGAGGCGAGACUGACCCGUUGAAUAGCUUAGAUUUUAACAGUGUUCCUACUGAUUCGUCAAAUCAAAGAGUUCGGUAUUGCCGGAAAUGUAACCAACUGAAACCACCUCGAUGCCAUCAUUGCUCUGUCUGUGGGAGGUGUGUGCUAAAGAUGGACCAUCAUUGUGUGUGGGUUGUGAAUUGCGUUGGCGCAUUGAAUUAUAAAUAUUUUCUUCUAUUUUUGUUCUACACAUUCCUCGAGACAAGUCUCGUGACUUUGUCCCUGUUGCCACACUUUAUAGCGUUUUUUAGUGAUGGAGAAAUUCCUGGAACACCCGGGACCCUUGCAACCACAUUUCUCGCCUUUGUUUUGAAUCUGGCAUUUGCAUUGAGUGUUCUAGGAUUUCUGAUCAUGCACAUAUCCUUGGUUUCUGCUAAUACCACAACUAUUGAGGCAUAUGAGAAGAAAACUACACCAAAAUGGCGCUAUGAUGUCGGUCGAAGGAAGAAUUUCGAACAGGUAUUUGGAGUAGAUAAGCGAUAUUGGUUCCUUCCGGCUUAUUCAGACGAAGACCUACGACGAAUGCCUGCACUUCAGGGACUUGAAUAUCCAUCAAAGCCUGACUUAGACUGUCAAGAGUUUUGAGAACCAGUUCUGCCACGUGUAUCCAAACGCGCCACAGUAUCUUGCCGGAAAAACAAACUGCAGCAAAUUUUUAGGCUCCUAACCAUUCAUUCUCACGGGUUUCUUUCUGCGUUAACUAGAGACUGAGACACACACAUAGAGAGAGAAAAAAUAGAGACCUGUAUUAAGAAGCUGAUUGGGCAGGCAGACCAAAAUGUAGGAGGUUACGGAUUUCUGGUCAAGAGAUGAUGAUCUGAUGCUUGUUUUCUUGUAAUUUUGAGUGUGUAGGAAUCACAAAAAGAGAGGCUACGUAGGUCUUGUUGUACAUUAAAUGAAAAUGUAGAAAAUCAGUCUGGUAGAGGUUAUUGAUCAAUUUAUGCUUGUAAUAGCUCACUUUUAGAAAAAGAAAAAUCAUUUCUUCGCU